UCAGCGUCAGGAAGCGGCGGCGGCGGCUCGCUGCAAGUCCUGGAGGCCUCCACUGGAACUCUGCAGGUUCGGUCCAGCGUGACUUCUGGUCACCUGAUCCGGCGUUGCGAGGGGGAGGUGGGAGGAGCCUCCCCCUCGGCGAGGCGCCGUGGCCCGGCGUCCUGAGGAAGACGGUUUCGGUUGACGAGCCUCACCUGAGACUGCAGAGUCGGCUUGAUCGCGGCAGGAAGAAGAGCCGCAACAUCUACAGUCUGGGACCCUCCAGCAGAUACGACACCAGGAAGAAGUCAGACAGUGAGAUCUCUCUCUCGGCUCCGAGGUGGAACCAGAGAGCAGCAGGAGAUGCUCUGAUCAAAGACCUGAAGCCCCUGUUUUACACGGGAGUCCCCCGGUCCUCACUCAGCCUCGACAGCAGACGCCUCCCGGCUGCUAUGACCCAGCAGAUGCAGAACCUGCAGCUGUCCCAGACCAGGAGGUGCCCCGGUGGACCAGCCUCCCCGAGCGCCGCCAAGCGCCUCUACAGGAACCUGUCUGAGAAGCUGCGAGGGAGCACCUCCUCCUUCGAGGACGCCUACUUCUUCGGAAAGACGGACCGCCUCCGCAAAGCCUCGCAGACCAUGCAGGGCAGCGACUGUCUGUUCGAGGCCGUGGAGCAGCAGGACCUGGACACGGUGCAGAUCCUGCUCUACCAGUUCUCGGCCGAGGAGCUGGACCUGAACACGCCCAACAGCCAGGGCCUGACGCCGCUGGACAUCGCCAUCAUGACCAACAACACGCCCGUCGCCAAGCUGCUGCUGAAGGCCGGCGGCAAGGAGAGUCCUCACUUCGUGAGCGUGGAGAGUCGGGAGGCCCACCUGAGCUCUCUGGUGUCAGAGGCCGGGCGGCGAGCGGCGGACCUCACCGCCCAGGCGCAGAGGGACGGCCUCUCGCUGGAGGCGUGUCAGAAGGACAAGCAGCUGAGAGCCUGGGAGUGGAGGAGCAGGCUGUACAGACGCAUGACCACGGGCUUCCAGCACGCACGUGCCCCGGAGGCCCCGUCUAUGGUUUGUCUGAGCGUGAGCAGUAGCACCACCCUGACCGUCAGCUUCCAGGAGCCCCAGUGUCUCAACUCCACCGUGGUGACCAAGUACAGAGUGGAGUGGAGCUGCCUGAAGGAUUUUUCGCUUUGUGCUGGAGAGAUCGUGUUGGAUAAUCUUCAGACCCUCAAGAGCACCAUCAGCAGCCUCACCACGGGUCGACUGUACUAUGUCCGGGUUUCGGCCUACAACAUGAAGGGCUGGGGUCCUCCUGCCUCCUCCCUCCCUCAAUGUGCAUCUCCGUCCAAUUGGAGGCAGAGCGCCGGUCGGGAGCCCAGGAGGCGGGGCCACAUCGAGGCCAUGGAGCGUCUGCUGCAGCAGGUCCGAGCCACGCACACACACUACUGCUGCGGAGACUCCUCCAAGGUCCAGAACCCGAGCAGGAAGCAGUCCGUCUCCAGAGGUCUGAAGCAUCUCUUCAACUCCUCCAACAAGUUUGUGAAAACUCUGAAAAGGGGUAUCUACCUGGCCGCCGUCUUCUACCACCAGGACAGCCUGCUGGUGACGGCCGAGGACCAGAUCCCCAUCGUGGAGGUGGACGACUCCUACAGCAGCUCCCUCAUGCAGGACUUCCUGUGGUUCACCAAGCUGUCCUGCAUGUGGGAGGACGUCCGCUGGCUGAGACAGAGCAUGGCCGUGUCCACGUCCUCGUCCUCCACCCUGCAGGCUCGCCACAAGAUGCUCAGCGCCGCCAGCCAGCUGCAGAACCUCCUGGGGACCCACAACCUGGGCCGGGUCCACUACGAGCCCAUCAAGGAUCGCCACGGCAACGUGCUGCUGGUGACCGUCCGCGACGUGGAGAGCCAGCACUCGCUGCUCAGCGGGAAGUGGCUGCAGGUGAGCAAGCUGCAGAGCCAGAGGAAGUCCCUGAGCACACCUGAGGAGCCGUACGCCCUGGACAUCCUGAUCAUCACCAUCCAGGACCUCUUGGCGUACCAGCGGCGCAGCAGCCUCCGUCUGGCUCCGGGCCUCUACCUGGGCUACCUGAAGCUCAGCAGCUCUGUGGACCAGAUCCGGGUCCUGGUCUCCCAGCGGACCCCCAACCUGCUCUGUCACAGCCGCGUGCGGGACAACGGCAACGUGUCCAGGGAGGAGUGGGACUGGAUCCAGACUCUGUCGGCUGCAGGCGACAAGGGCGAGGAGGCGGAGCCCCGGGGGGAAAGCCACGCCCCCUUACUGUACUACGAGCUGCAGGCGUCAAUCAAGUCUCUGCUGAAGCAGCUGAACCUACCUGUGCUUCAGGCCCGUCACUUCCGCCUCUACAGCCAGGAGGUGGUGGAACUCGGUCACGGCGUCUCCUUCCUGUUGUUGCUGCCGGCAGCUGAUGAUGUUUGCUCCGCCCCCGGACAGUCCAACCCCUACACCCCCCUAUCAGGCUUCCUCCACCUCCCUCUGCAGAUGUUUGAGCUCGUUCACUUCUGCACGUACAAAGAGAAGUUCAUCAGUCUGUACUGCCGCCUGUCCUCCGUCCUGGACCUGGACGCCCUCAUUACCCAGCAGGCAUUGCGAGAAGCCAUCUCUGACAGCGAAGUGGCCACAGCGAAGCAGAGACACCAGCUCAUCCUGGACUACAUCCAGCAGCUGGACGAGGUGCGCCGCGACCUGCGCUGGCUCACCGACGCGCUGCAGUCCGCCCGCUACAAGCAGCCGCGCGGCGGCGUCCCCGUCGCCCGCCUGGUGGACGCCGACGCGGCGGAGAGCGACCCCGCCGGCCGGCCGAAGACCGACUCCACCUCCUCCAACACGGACUACCUGCCCACGCCGUCGCCCUCGCCCGAGCGCCGCCGCCGGAGGAAAGCCGCGAGCGACUCGCUGCUCGGCUCCGACGACGACGGGUCCUCGGAGGUCUUCCUGCCGACGGACAGCGACUACGACUCCUGCGACGCACUGAGCCCCCGAGACCUGGACUCGCUCUACUCGCCGGCUCAGGAUCUUUCCCAGCAGGCAUUGCACUCGCUGGGCGGCAGCGCCCCAGAUGUGCUCCAGAUCCACGAGCUCAGGUACAGCGUCUACCCCCCCGCAGACCUCCCCCUCCUCCCCCCUCGCUCUCCCUCCCUCUCCGGGACCUCCCCCACGUCCCCGCCCCUCCCCCCGUCCCUCCCCCUGUCCCCGCCCCCAGGAGGGUGUGGCCCCCCCCGCUGA